UGUUGUUGUUGUUUCGCAAAACAAAAAAAAGAGCGUGUGGUUCGAGGUAUAACAUGCUUUUCUUCCUUCCCUAGGAGGGAUCAGGAGAUUUAGCCGAAAGGAUAAACGGGGAGCGAGGGUCCGAAGGAUUCUGGUAAUAACAUGUGGUCCGAGCUUGCAAAGUCAUGCAGAAACCACUGAGAGAGUUAAGCAGGCUAUGCCUGGAAGCGAGCAGCCAAGCGGCGAUCCACCGGCAGCCGGAGGCGAUCCAGGCGACGGAGCUCUGCUCGGAGCCCCGGGGCGGGCUGCCGCUGUUGCAAGUUUGGCCGAGCGAGUCGCCCCGAGGCGAGGCGGAUGGCCAGGCUUUUGUCUUCCCCGACGUCCAGGACAACGUCAACGACAGCGGUAUCGAGUCCAUCCAGGUGUCCCCGUCGCCGACGUGCAUGGGCGGGCCGGGCAGCGCCAACAGUGGCAACGGUGGCCCAAGUGGUGCGGCUACCAGCGUCAGCCCUGCAGCUACACCCCAACAGUCCCGGAGGCCGAGUCUCCUGCACCCGGACCACGCGCGUCUCCACCACUACAGCCACCAUCACAGCCACCAUCACCAGGGCUCGGACAGGGGAGCGAGCGGGAACUCGGGGCUGAGGUCCGGCUACGCGUCGCCCGACAGAGCCUCCAUCGGCGAGGAGGACUUUGAGAGGCCGCCCAGCCCGUCCAGCUCGACCACCAGCAGUCUCAGGUCGAUGCCCAGCUCGGCCGUCACGUCGAUGCACUCGCACGAGCGUAGGCGCAGCAGCAGAUACAGCAUGUUCGACGCCCUGGAUCUAGAGUACGCCCUCCUGCGAGCAGCGGCGCGGGGCUCGGUGGGCCCGUACUCGCUCUCCGAGUCGCUGCACAAGCUGACCUUCACCCAGAGCUUGGCCUUCCCGGCCCUGGCCCGUGGCCUCGCCUCCAAACAGUCGCACGUCCACUCGAAGAACCGCCGGGCCGACCUGCGCUCCGGUGGUGAGAGCGACAUGCACGUCUUUGUCCGCGUCGUGACUGCCCUGGUGCUCGUGCUCGCGAGUGUCCUCGUGUUCGGGGUGGUUUACAAGUUCGUGAGGGCGUGAGGAGUGCUGCUGGUGCCACCGGCUCAGGUACACGCCGACGGCACCAGCGCCACCGCCGAUGACUCCUCCCACGCCCGGAGAGGCUCUUCCUACCACUCGUCCUCGUCGUCGUCGUCGUCGUCGUCUUCGGUUUUUGUGAGUAAAUUGGAGAACAAUAGAGUGCUCGUAGGGGAUGGGCCUCGGGCUGUUGCUGGUGACGACUACUACUAUCCCGAUUUCGAUGGACACGAGUCUUGAGGUCAGGGUGGACGAUGACAUUGCCGAGAGUGUAUGUUUUUUUAUCGAAGAAACGUGAUAGCUGAGCUGUCGGUUGUGCGAGUGUUUUUAGGAGACGUCGAGGAAUUUAAUUUUUGUAAUUUCGCGCGAUGGGAAACGAAGAACGUGUUUUUAUGGUGGAAUCUCGCGAAAAUUCCGAUUCCUGUACAAUGGAAUCGGUAAUAGAUGCGUAAGCUAUUGUGACGGAGAAGACGUGAAAAAUAAAAGUUGCAAGAUGCGACAUUGCUUUGAAAAAUAUACCUAUACUUAUAUCUCGCUGAUUGAGAAAAAUAAAAAAAAAAGAAAAAUUACGACUUUGAGAGUCAUUAAAUGCGAUGAUAGCUUUGAUAUAAAACAAAUGAAUGGACAAAAUUUCACGAGAUUUUAAAUUAUCAAACGAGUAAUACGAAAAUUUGAGGGAAAAAAAUAUAUAUACAUGUAUAAUAACAAUUACAAUGCUAAAAGUUGUGCUGGCUGAAUUUUUCUUAUCUUAUGCUGCGUGCCUUCUGAUUCUAUGCGUAUUCUGACUAUACUUCCUGACUACGAAUUAUAUUAUUAAAACGAGUUUCGAAAAAAGCCUUUAACUAGACGAAAUUUUUAUUCAAAGAAUGACUAUUCUGUCAUGUAAAAAUGCGUGCGAGAGUGUGGUGCCAGGACGGAAAGUACGUUUUUAGUUUCAAGCACAUGUGAAUUUUUAUGUGACUUUACUUAUUAAUUUUUUUAAAAUCACGUAUACCUAUACGAUUAAUGAUAAAGAAUAUGUAUUUGAAGUAACGUAAUGUGUGGUGUUUUAAAAAUUUUUUAUUUAGAAAAAAUAAUGCAUAAGAUGAAUUAAUAUGUUUUUAAUUGCAAAAGUUUAAUCCAAGCACCUAGUGCAUCACUCAAUUUUCGCGCAUUUUAUGCAGUUGAUCUAAAAUGUUCCUCACGUGUCGAUAAAUAUAAUCAUUAUUAAAUUAAGCUAAUUAUCUGCAGUAUUGUACACAAUGGCUUAUAUUCGACAUUUAAUUGCACAUUCCAUAUUUUAUUUUUAAUAACAAAUGAUUCAAUUACGCAUUAAAUUUUUGAUUAAU